CUGGUAUCAUCAGACUACUUUAUGGCUGUAGCCGUCCUGUCAGCCCAAAGGAGCAAAGACCCAAGCACACAGGUGGGGGCCUGUAUAGUGAACCAGGAGAAUAAGGUAGUUGCCACUGGUUACAAUGGCAUGCCCAACGGCUGUGAUGAUGCCCAGCUGCCGUGGGCCCGCUCUGGUACUGCUGACUGGCUUGACACGAAACACCCUUACGUGUGCCACGCAGAGCUGAAUGCCAUCAUAAACAGGAACAGCGCUGACGUGAGAGGCUGCACCAUUUAUGUGACUUUGUUCCCCUGCUACGAGUGUGCCAAGCUCAUCAUCCAGGCUGGUAUAAAGAAUGUGGUCUAUCUUUCUGAUAAGUACAAUCGCCGACGAGAGACGGUUGCUUCCAGAAGAUUGCUCAAUACGGCACGCGUACCAUACACGUGA